AUGAAACUGCACUACACUAAAAUAUUAUUAUUUUUCUUUCCAUUAUAUAUAUUGGUAACAUCAUAUCAUGUGUAUAGUAAAAACAAACCAUCCAUCACAUCACAUCAUACACAAACCAAUAGAUCAUUAUGUGAAUGUGACACACAAUCAUCAAAUUAUGACAAGGAUACGGGUAUGAAAAGUGUAAUGCAACAAUUUGUUGAUCGUACCUCACAAUGUUUUGAAGAAUACGAUGAACGUAUGAAUGAAAAACGCCAAAAAAGUAAAGAACAACGUGAUAAAAAUGUACAAAAAAUUAUUGAAAAAGAUAAAAUAGAAAAAUCAUUAGCAGAAAAAGUAGAAACAGGUUGUCUUAAGUAUGGGUGUGGGCUAGGUGGUGUUGCAGGAAGUGUUGGAAUAUUUGGUACAGUUGCAGUAAAAGAGUUGACAAAAGCUGCUAUUACUACGGCUACGGAAUUAGCUAAGGAAGCGGCAAAGGAUGGAGCCAUGGCUGCGACUAUUAAAGCUGCAGGUGCUGAGGCAGGUAAGAAAUUUGUUAUUGCAGGAUUAGGAAAAUUACAUGUAUCAACUCUAGAUAAUCAGAUAUUGGAAUCCUAUUUUGCUACAACAAAAUAUACUAAUGUCACAAAGAUUGCUCGUGCCAUAAAUGAACAAUAUAAUCCAUCUUCAUGUCUAACAGGUGGCUCUGGCGCUGAUAAUUCUAUUUGCCCUUGGGCGAUGGAAAAUUUUUUUGCUGCACGGAAAAUUCCAGGGAAGGUUUCUUCAACGUACAAUUCUAUAGAAGUAGCUGUAAAAUCUAUCGUCUCAGAUGCCGAACCUGUUGCUACAGCAGCUGCACAACAAGCUACUGAAGAAGCUAUAAAAAACAGCAUUGCUGUAGUAGACGCUAAAUAUGUUAUUUGCCAGAAUGCUAUUAUUGCUUCUGUUGUUGCAUUAUUAAUUAUAGUUUUAAUUAUGAUAAUUAUUUAUUUAGUUUUACGUUAUCGACGAAAAAAUAAAAUGAAUAAAAAAGCCCAUUACACUAAAUUAUUAAAGGAAUAA